ACUGUUUGAGAAUUUAAUUCUUCAGCAAGUGAUAACUCUCAUUAUAUUUUGGAAGCUAGCCAGUUACGUCGAGACGGUGACGCAUCAUGUGUUACUUCUGUAUAUAAAAAUCGAGACGUUUCGAAGCUCACGUUUAGUAUCAACGAUAGUACGAGAAGAUCGGUUCUCUCUGAACUUUUAUCAGUGUUUCAUCGAUUACGCCAAGUUGAUUCAACAAAUCGAUAACUUAAUUAAUUUCGAAAAGUUGAAAGAGAGUUUUGGUUUGUGUCUUAUAUGCGACAUUUAUUAAUUUGGAUAUAUCUGCGAAAGAUAUAAAAAAUUAUACAAGGGAUAUUUUAUGAUCUUUGCGGUAAGAUGUCUUUUAGCAGAUAUACGACGCAUCGCCGAAAGUGUAUUUUGUUAACUAGACAAUUUACGGAUAGUGCAACUGGUAAAGAUGCCAGUGGAAAUGUAACAAGUAUCACGAAUAAACUUUUACGCUCCAUAAACGAUAUAAAAAAAGUCAAAAUGUCGAUGCAGAAUCAAUGGAAGCUUUUGUCACAAUUAAAGGAUUAUCUGAAUAAGACCAACUGCGAUAAAAAUCAAAUUAAUGUCUCUAAGGAUUGGUUGGAUAUUCUGCAGAAAUUAACCUACUCGCAGCUCGAAACAAUACGAAAAUUAUCAUCAGACUCUAUUAAAAGCACUGAUACAAGCAAGAGCUCGAAUACAAAGCAUAAAGAAAGCAAUGAUUCAGAAAAUGUGAAACUAACAUUUAUGUCCAAUCAAACAGAAUCGCUUAUAGAUAAUUCUACUAUGCAACAAAAAAUACAGCAGCAAACUAGCGAACAAAGUAUGCCUGAUAAUAAAAUAGAAUCAAAAGAAAGUUUUACAAUGCCACAAAUUCUCUCUACAUUGUUUUUGAAGUUAUCUCCCAAAAGUACACAAACUACCAAACUAACUAUACCAAAGUGGAAAGUGAAUGUUCAUAGUAUUUCAAAGCAUAGUAUUGUAUCUCGUACACGACACGUCUUGAACAGUAUCGUAUCAGCCGAGUCGAAUGCUUCUAAGUUGCGGAGAAUCGAGGAUUUGUUAUUGCAUAUCGAUCAGUAUCCGGAGGCGAGACAUUACGCGAUCAAGGAGGGAGCGAUUAAGAUUUUACUGCGAACUCGUCAGAAGACGAAGGAUGAACAAAUUAAUGCAUCUAUCAGGGAAGCGCUGGCGCUAAUGGGAUAUAUCGAUCCUCUACCCGGUCGGGGCAUCAGAAUCUUAUCGAUCGACGGCGGUGGUAUUCGCGGAGUAUUAGUUGUAGAGAUGUUGAAGAAAUUGGAGGAACUCACAGGAAAAAAGACGCAUGAAAUGUUUGAUUACAUAUGUGGCGUCAGUACAGGCGCCAUUCUUGCUGCUGUGUUAGUAUUACCAAAGGAUGCUUUGGAAGGGGGAUACAAGAGAAAAUCAUUGGACGAAGUUUCGAGAUUAUACAAAGAACUGAGCAUCAGAGUGUUUACGCAGAGUGCCAUAAAAGGCACAAGCAGUCUAGUUUGGAGUCACGCGUAUUACGACACUGCAUUAUGGGAACAAUUAUUGGAGGAACAUUUAGGCGACAAAAUUCUUAUCAAAACUACGCGUGAUCCAAAUGCACCAAAGUUUUCAGCAAUAUCCGCCGUGGUAAAUCACGGGAACGUUAUGGCUUAUGUAUUUAGAAAUUACACAUUACCGUAUGGAAUGGAAAGUCAGUACAUGGGAUCUCAUAAAUAUAAAUUAUGGGAAGCCGUGAGAGCGUCAGCUGCUGCACCGAGUUACUUUGAGGAAUUUAAAUAUGGCGACUAUCUUCAUCAGGAUGGUGGCAUUCUAGUAAAUAAUCCAUGCGCCGUAGCGAUUCACGAAGCCAAACAGCUGUGGCCAAAUAAUCCAAUUCAAUGCGUUGUAUCAUUCGGCACUGGUCGAAUUCCACAUCAUUUCUAUGAAAACGAAUCUAUGGAAGUCGAGAUCUCAAGCUGGAGGGAAAAAUUCUACAAAAUUUUGGAUAGCGCCACUGAUACAGAAGCUGUGCAUACGAUGCUGAAUGAUCUGCUACCUGACCACAUUUACUUUAGGUUCAACCCCUAUUUAACGGAAAUGCAAUCAAUGGUGGAAAUUCGAUCUGAAAAGAUUAGUCUAAUGGAACAAGAUGCAAGAAUGUACAUACGUCGAAACGAAGAGAAAUUUCAAAAGGCUGCUGCUGCUUUACUGAAAAAGCGGCGGAUCGAACAGAAAAUUGCUGAUUAUAUUACUUUGCAAAGACAAUUAUUAGGUCUAUGAAGAGGAAUAUAUUCCACAUAUUGAUGUGCAUUUCAUAAUGCAAUCUAAGAUCUAAAGAUCACAUGGAUAUUUAUAGUACAAAUUUUUUAUCUCUUAUACACCAUUUGAAACUUUUCAAUUAAUCCUUGCUUUGAAUAGUGCAAUAGCAUAAUAAGCAUAUAUUUCAAAAGUAUUUGGCAGAACAUUUUUUGCUUAUAAUAUCUUUUUCGUAAUCUGUUAUAAGUUUUUCGCGUUACAAGGUUUUAAAAUAAUUAGUAAUAAGAAAGUAUUCUAUAAAUGAGAAAUUUAUCUUGAAUAUAUAAAGUUAUUAUUAGUAUAGAUAUUUGACUGUGAUACACUAUGUAAUGCUUGAAUACAGUUAAGAUUAAUCAGUAUAAUUUUACAUUUUGGUGUUAUUAUAUGUUUUGCAGUAAAGGUGCACAAUUCUUAACAUCAUUAAAACAAAGUGACUGUAUUCUCAUUGAAAAUAUUGAUCAAUGUAUUAAAAGAUAGUAAGGCUAGUAUUGGAUGUUUCAUAUGCAUUCUUCUUCAUUGUAAAUAUUGUAAAUGUGUAUUAGCAAAGAAUUUCUGCAAUAAAAAUAACAUGAAAUGUGCGUGCAGAAAAAA